GAGCGUUCGUAUCUCUCUACCCUAGUUCUAGUUAGACGAUGAAACAGACUUUCGUCGCCAGCGCUGGCGUGCCCUGUGACAAAAAUGGAAUCCCAACUACGAAGGCGUGGUCUCUUUGGUGGCGGAGUGUGAGUUUGAACUUUGCACUGCUAGCCAAGGUUUCCUUUCAGGUUUCCUACACGUAUGCGGGGCCGCCUCAGUGUCCGUCCGGUAUGGCUCGGGGAGUCUCGCCUCGACGAUUGUCCGUGUAGCAUAACUAAGUAUGACUUCGUCAAGCGAGCCGAGCCAUCUGCGGAGGUCGGCACGACACAUCAUCGCGGGAGGAAGCGCUGGUAUCUCUAUCCGUAGCCAUCUGCUAUGAUCUCUGAUUGUGUGUCCCAGGUUUUGUGGAGGUGUGCUGCAUGCAGCCAAUUGACGUGGUAAAGACCAGGUUUCAGAUCCAGGGAGUUACAAGUGAUCCGUCUCGCUACACCUCCAUCCUUGACUGCAUCACUAGAAUGAUCAGAAAUGAAGGAUUCUUCUCUCUGUAUAAGGGGAUUCUACCACCAGUAGUGGCUGACACUCCGAAGAGAGCUGCAAAAUUUUUGGUGUUUGAGUCCUCCAAGAGCGCUUGUGCGUCAGUCAAUUUCACAGGACCCUGGUCGUUGGUGACUGCAGGACUGGCAAGUGGGACGGUAGAAGGAGCAAUCAUAGCACCUUUCGAGAGGGUUAAAGUGUACAUUCAGGUCCAGAGACAACGAAUGUCGGAAAUGCCGAACACUUGGCUGGUGGCGAGGGAAAUAAUCAAACGAGAUGGGUGGGGCACCAGGGGACUGACUAAAGGUUUUCAUGCAACAGUCUUGAGGAAUGCUAUGUUCAAUGCUGUCUACUUUGGCUCCUAUUACAACAUGAAAUACCUCCUCAUACCACCAGAGAAACAAGACUCAAUUCCACUGAGACUGUGUCUUGGGUUCACAGCUGGAGCUCUGUCCAGUCUGGGGAACCUCCCAGUGGACGUGGCCAAGAGCAGGAUCCAGGCUUCUCAAUCCCCCAAGUACACCAGAACCUUCCCCACUAUCCUCACCGUCUGGAGGGAGGAAGGGUUUUUAGGCUUUAUACAAAGGUCUUUUACCAAAGAUUAUUCGAUUUGGGGCAAGGUGGUGCAAUUAUGUUGUUGGUGUAUGAACAGGCUUCAAACUAUCUAGAAACAGAGUGGGGACUUUGAGGUUUUAAUCUUUUUCUGUACAAAACAACACUCCUCUUCCAGCAAACAGAC